AUGAAAGGGAAUAUUAAAUAUUUUAUUUUAGUUAAAACUACAAUAUUUAUCAUUUUUAAUUUCAUCUACUCUUAUAUUUAUAAUUUGUGUAAUUCUGAUGAAUAUUUAUACGAUAGAAACUGUGAAUGUAUCAUAUUAAAUUCAAGAAAUAAUAGAAUAUUAUCAGAAGAUAAGAAUAAAACAAUCAAGUUGGGAUACAAACAUAAAUUACAUCUAAACAAAAAUGAUUAUUUAAAAAAUAAAAAAUACUCUGCUGAAUCAGAUUGCAGUGGAAGAAGCGUAUCUAAAAAAAAAUAUAAUUCAAAAUUUGCAGCCAAAUCAUUAGUUAAAAAAUGUACGUCUGUUAUAUGUAAACCAUAUACAACAAUAUAUACUUUUUUUGAAAAACUAUUAUAUAGGGUAUUUUGUAUUAUAUAUAAAUAUAGGAAAAGUAGAGAUCCUUCUCAGAAAAAAAGUUUAAAACGUUCUGUAUUUAUAAGUACAGCUUUGAUAUUUGUUCUACCAGUAAUACUUUUUUUAACAGCAUCUGUAAUAUAUAUUUUAGAUCAAUUUUUCUCCCAAACUUGGAAGGAUCUUAUUCCACUUAAUGGAACAGACAAUUUUUUAUAUUAUCUACGUGAAAAUGCAAAGUUCAUUGCAUUAUCAACAUCUAUAUUAAGUGUUUCAAUGGUUAUUUUUAUUCUCGUAAAAUUCUUAAAAUAUGUAAUUGAAGUAAAUAAAAAUGAACUUAAAUCUUAG